UAUCCACUCUGUGCAUUUGCGGUUUGCUCGUUCAUCCUUAUCUGAAGAACCUUUCUAUAUCUGCUCUUGUGGGGACUGAAGAAGACGAAGAUCAGUUUUUGAUCACUGAAGGCAAUGGGGAAGGGCGGGAUGUCUCAUGGAGACGCUGGGGAGGAAGAAAACAUGGCGGCUUGGCUUCUCGGAGUCAACAAUCUCAAAAUCCUGCCGUUUAAGCUUCCUCCUCUUGGUCCUCAUGAUGCGAGGAUUCGAAUGAAAGCGGUUGGAAUUUGCGGAAGUGAUGUGCACUACCUCAAGUACAUGAGGAUUGCAGAUUUCAUUGUGAAGGAGCCUAUGGUGAUUGGGCAUGAAUGUGCUGGUGUUGUUGAGGAAGUUGGGGGUGAAGUGAAGCAUCUAGUUCCCGGCGACCGUGUCGCAAUCGAGCCGGGAAUUAGUUGUUGGAGAUGUAAUCUCUGCAAGGAAGGCAGAUAUAAUCUGUGUCCUGAGAUGCAGUUCUUUGCCACUCCUCCAUACCAUGGUUCUCUUGCAAAUCAGAUUGUGCAUCCUGCAGAUUUAUGUUUCAAACUUCCCGAUAACGUGAGUUUGGAGGAGGGAGCUAUGUGCGAGCCAUUGAGCGUCGGGGUUCACGCCUGUCGCCGUGCCAACGUUGGCCCGGAGACAAAUGUGUUGGUUAUGGGCGCGGGACCCAUAGGACUCGUGACAUUGCUUUCUGCCCGCGCUUUCGGAUCCCCUAAAAUUGUGAUUGUGGAUGUAGACGAUGCCCGUCUCUCAGUUGCCAAGAAGCUUGGAGCCGACGAGACUGUCAAAGUUUCGACUAGUGAAAAUGACACGGCUGCAGAAGUCGAACGGAUCAAGGAGGCCAUGGGGGGUGACAUCCACAUAUGUUUCGACUGCGCGGGAUUUACGAAAACGAUGUCGACGGCGCUGUUGGCGACUUCUUCGGGUGGGAAAGUUUGUCUUGUCGGGAUGGGCCACAACGAGAUGACGGUCCCCCUCACAGCCGCUUCUAUAAGGGAGGUCGACAUCGUAGGCAUAUUCCGGUACAAGAACACGUGGCCGUUGUGCCUGGAGUUUCUGACGAGCGGUAAGAUCGACGUGAAGCCGUUGAUCACUCACCGGUUCGGAUUUUCGCAGGAAGAAGUCGAAGCGGCGUUCGAAACGAGCGCCGGCGGCGGCAAUGCCAUCAAGGUCAUGUUCAAUCUUUAGUAGUUAUUAUCGGGAAUUCAGUAUAUGUGUUGCGUGGAUUAUUAUCGUAUUUUGGUUCCCACACCAAAUAUGACAUCCUUUGUAAUGUAAAUUGGAUGAUUGUAAUAAGGAGAAAUCAUGGGAUGAGACUACUUACAUGCCAAAAUUGGGAUUUAUUUAUACGAUGGACACUAAUUCCAUA